UGGAAGGUCAUUUUCGUUGUUUGAAAACUUGCCCAAAAGUGCUACUUUAAAAUGCAAUCUCUCCGUAAAACUACAGCCUGGAUGAUUCCCAGCGGCAUGAGAAUCGCUCGCAUGAGUGCCGGUGAGAUGGGUAGUGGUGCCGGUAAGGGAGGCGGUGGCGGUGGAUCGAUCCGUGAAGCCGGCGGUUCCUUCGGUAAAAUGGAGGUUGCUCAUGAGGAAGAGUAUUUCUACAAACAGCGCCAGGAACAGCUCGCUAAACUGAAAAAGCAAGCCAUUAAUCAGGAAGAUUUCCACUCGGAAUCGAUCAAACACCACGAAGAAGCCAUCGCACGGCAUAAGAAAGCGAUCGAACAGCUGAAGAAAAACUAAAGAAACGAUCUCGCUCUUGAUCAGCAGCGAGAAUCCG